GCCCUGCAGCAGCUGGAGGAAGAACUGACGUGUUCCAUCUGCUACAGCCUGUUCGAAGACCCGCGCGUCCUGCCCUGCUCGCACACCUUCUGCAGGAAUUGCCUGGAAGGCGUCAUUCAGCUGUCCAACAACUUUUCCAUUUGGAGACCUCUGCGAGUUCCUCUGAAGUGCCCAAACUGCAGGAGCGUCAUUGAGAUCCCUGCUGCCGGGACCGAGUCGCUGCCCGUCAACUUUGCCCUGAAAGCUAUCAUUGAGAAGUACCAGCGGGAGAGCCAGGCUGACGUGGCGACCUGCAGCAAGCACCGCAGGCAGCCGCUGAAUGUCUACUGCCUCCUGGACAGAAAACUGGUGUGUGGCCACUGCCUGACCAUAGGGGAGCACAACGGCCACCCCAUCGAUGACAUCCACAGCGCCUACCUCAAGGAAAAGGAGGCUUCUGGGAAACUUAUCGAGCAGCUCACUGACAAGCACUGGGCUGAUGUGUGCCUGCUUCUGGAAAGGCUGAGUGAAGACAAGUCCCGCUGUGAGGGUGUGGUUCAGGACGACAGGAAGGCGGUCCUCCAGUGCUUUAAGAAAUUGAGUGACACUUUGGAGCACAAGAAACAAGCUCUGCUGGCCGCACUGGACGAAGCCGACACACGCAUCGGGGAAGAGUACGACCCUCUCAUUGAGAAUCUGAAAAAAAUAAGGGAGGAACAGCUCGAAUUAAUGUCGCUGAGUACCGACGUUCAGAAGGAAGAGUCCCCGCUGAUCUUUCUGGAGAAGGUGGGUGAUCUGCAGCAACGUAUCAAAGCUUUGAAGGAGAAGCCGCUGCCGGAUGUUAAACCCGUGGAGGUUCACCCGAGGAUCGCGCACCUGCUGAAAGACGUGUGGUCUAAAACGGAAAUCGGUCACGUCAACAAGAUCCUCACUCCAAAAAUAAAACUGAUCCCAAAGGGGGAGUUGCGCAGCAAGGGUGGUGGCGGGAAAGGAAGAGAACCCAAGGAACUCCUCCAGGCUGUAGAUCCGCUCGUGGUCCUGCUGCUUUUUACAGUCGUCGUGGUAACUGUGCUUUCCUUCCACAGACCAGUGUCCUCAGCUGUCAUCAGAGCUACUCCUGCUUGUAUCUCAGAACUCCUGCUGCCCGUUUAUCAGUAUUUCUACACCCAUUUGCACAAUAUAGGGGAUGUGCUGUGCCAUAAAUUUAAUUUACUGAUGGAGUUUUGGGGGAGAAUUGUUUCUCUGACUCUUUCAAUGAUUAGGUAA